AUGGCCGACGACGUCCCCGUCACAGCCUGCGCGCUCGAGUGCAACGGGACCACCAGCCCCGUCAUCAGCAUCAUCGACCAAAUGGCAAUACCCGCUGGGACGGCUGCGCGCGCCAGCACGGAGAGCGCUGCCGGCCCUGCGCCCAGCAAAGCGGCACAGGAGGGAAGCACGCGUCCCGCAGCAGAGGAGACGACAUGCGGCAAUUCGGGUGGGGAGAGGCAGUGCGAAGGAAACCAAGAAGAAAACGACGCAACUCAACCCGACGGAGCAGGCGAGAUCCCUCCCCGGGAUGUGGCAGCCAACGGGCAGCAAUCCGAGGAUGGGCCGGGCCGAGCGGGAGCUCCCGCGCAGGGCACGGAGCAGCUGGAGCCCAGGGGCACGGAGCCGGCCGGGGCGGCCUCGCGGCGGAGCCCGGCAGCAGGAGCCCCCACGCCCGAGGCCGAGGAGCACCCGGGGGACGAAGCGUGGCCGGACGAGGAGGAGGAGCAGGAGGAGGAUGAGGAGGACACUGAAGAAGAUGAAGUCCAGUUGAUAGAGAUCAAGAAGGAGAACAGUGAGGAGUCUCGCGUGGAGAAGCAGGACAACGGCAAGGAGGCUUCUCCCCCUGCUAGUCCCACCUGCAACUCCCAGCCUGAGAAGCCUGGGGAGCCACCGGGUGCAGGGAAAAAAAACGACAUCUCCAGACACAGCUAUUCCCGAUACAACACAAUCUCCUACCGGAAGAUCAGGAAAGGAAACACCAAGCAGCGAAUCGAUGAGUUUGAAUCUAUGAUGCACCUAUAGACUGAGCUCAGAGUUU